AUGCCGCCAGACUUCCUCGUAAGCUCGGGAAAGAAGCUCUUUGAAAAGCAUUUACAUCAAUAUUCACCCGCCGACCCGCUGUACGAGACUUACACAGACAAGCGGGGCCGACAGCGGAGAAGGAAGUCUGUGAAAAAGCGUGCGCAUUAUCUGGACAAGGGGUUCCGUCUCUGCGGCAUGCGCUUUGGAUGGACGUUCGUUAUUGGCAUGGUCCCAGGAGCCGGAGACAUAGCAGAUGCUACCCUCAACUACGUUCUCGUAGUUCGCAAGGCACAAGAAGCGAACUAUGUCCUCAGCAUUCCUGAUUGGCUGCUGCACCGAAUGCUCGCCAACAACGCUGUCUCCCUUGUGAUCGGCUUCGUUCCACUCGUCGGCGACGUCGUCCUUGCUGUCUUCAAGGCGAACUCGCGCAACGCGGAGCUACUUGAGGAGUUCCUCCGCAUACGUGGCGAGGAGGUGCUCAGGCAGCUGGCCGAGCACCAAGCGGCGCAGCAACAGCAACAGCAGGUCGCCUCGAGUGCAAAUACGGGCACCAUCACGGAGAAGGGAGCGCGGCCAGGCGGCAAGCGCGAGGGCAAUGGGUGGUUCGGGUGGAGGAAGAGCAAAGACAUGGCUGCGGCGAACCCCCCUCAGGCCCCGCGCCCGCGCGCUUCGAGCGACAGCAGAUUUGUGGAAAACAUGCAAUCGUGA